AUGGCUCCAUUUACUUUUACACUCUUUGCUCCUUACAAUAAACAAGCAGCAUUACGAUUGAAAAAUGCACAUUCACGAAUGUUCGGUGUUGAUAUUAUUAUGGAAAAAGAUGAAUCAGAUGGUUAUUUUCGAGCAACUGUAGAUUUAGCUGAUGGAAUUUUUCAUUAUCAAUUUAAAAUUGAAACAAAAUCUUGGUUUGAACAAGAACCUGAACCUGCAUUACCUAAUUAUGACGAUGAAGAAUAUAAAGAAAUGACACAGGAAGAAAAACAAGAAAAAGCUCAAGCAUAUUCCAAACUUGUUGAUGAAAUUCGAGAACGAAAUCGACAACGUGAACACGAAGCAACAUAUACUCAAAUUUGGUAUACUUUUGUAGAUCCAUAUGCAACUGACGUUGAUGAACGUGGCACUGAUGAUGCACAUAAAGCUGUUGGUAUAUUGACGGUCAAAAAUGGCAAACGUAUUAUCGAUGAAUAUGAAUGGAAACAUGAUAAUUGCUUUUUACCACCUGAUGAAGAACUUGUUAUCUAUGAAAUACAUGUUGGUGAUUUUUCUGGUGGAGAAGAUGGUGAAAAAGAUACUCGUGGUACAUUCAAGAAUGUAACUAAAAAAAUUGAAUAUUUAAAAGAACUUGGUGUGAAUGCUAUUGAACUUAUGCCCAUCAAAGAAUAUCCAGGGGGUAUAUACAAUCCACGUUAUUAUUUUGCUAUUGAAACAAGUUAUGGUACAACAGCUGAUUUAAAAGAAAUGAUUGAUGAAUUACAUAAAAAUGGUAUUCGUGUUAUUUUAGAUGGUGUAUAUAAUCAUUCUGAUUCUUCUUCACCGUUAACACAAAUUGAUCAUGAUUAUUGGUAUCAUCACAAUCCAAAAGAUGUAACCAUGUCAUGGGGACCUGAAUGGAAUUAUAAUUUUUAUGAUCCUAAAUAUAACGUAUGGCCUGCUCGUAAAUUUGUUGGUGAUUCUAUUCGUUAUAUGGUAGAAGAAUUUCAUAUUGAUGGUAUACGUUUUGAUGCCGCCCGUCAAAUUCAAAAUUUUGAUUUUCUUCAUUGGGUUGUAAAAGAAGCUAAACGAGCAGCUGGAGCUAAACCAUUUUAUACUGUAGCAGAAUUUUUACCAGAUGAACCAUGUAUAACAAAUAUCGAUGGUCCUAUGGAUGGAUGUUGGCACGAUAGUUUCUACUGGACAUUACGUGAAUGUUUACUUUAUGAUAAUGUUGAUAUUGGUCGAAUGAAAGCUGGUAUUGAUUGUCGACAACAAGGAUUUUUAGGUGUAACAAAUGUUGUUAAUUAUAUUGGUAAUCAUGAUCAUGAUCGAAUGAUUGUUGAAAUGGGUAAAGAACGUUCGAUUUUUGGUGAAGAAGCAUUUAAACGUGUACGUCUUGGUGUUGUACUACAAAUGACAAGUAUUGGCAUUCCAAUGAUUUGGAUGGGAGAAGAAAUUGGCGAAUACAAAGAAAAAACAUGUGGUGUCGCAAAAAUUGAUUGGUCAUUACUUGAUGAUCAUGAAGAUAAUUCUAAUCAAUUAAAUAAAACAUUAUUAGGAUUUUAUCGUGGCGAACGUGUUGUUGUUAUUGUUAAUUUAUCUGGAACUUUUCUUGCUAAUUAUCGUGUACCAAAUAUACCAGCAAAUGGUUGGUGGCAUGAAUGGACAUUUAAUUAUAAUGUUAAAGUUGAUAACAAUGAAGUACACCUUGAUAUAGCUGAACGUGAAGCAAAAAUUCUUGUUUGGCAAGGCGAGAAUUUACAACAAUCUGAGCCUGAAUCGAAACCCGAAGAAACGACUGAAUCACCUUCAACUGAUGAAGUAAAAACUACUGCUCAAGAACAAGAACAAAAACCAGCAAAGCCAGAUUCUUCAGUAAAUCAAAAGCCUGAAUCAACUCAAAGUGAUAAUCCUUCUAAGAAUUAA